AUGGGGGAGGCUUUCAAAUCCACCAUGCAGACUGUGUGGAAGGCAAAAGGGAGAAUACAGUUCAAGGAGGUUGGUUCCAACCUAUUUGUCAUUGAGUUUCAGCAUGCAGUAGACCUUCAAAAAGUGAUGAAUGGUAGGCCUUGGACCUUUGAUUGUAAUUUGUUAUGCUUGACUACUUUUGAUGGUCAUGUUGCACCUAAAGAAAUUACAUUCUCUACUGAAUCAAUGUGGAUUCAGCUUCACAAUAUUCCUUUAGGAGCGAUGACUCAAGAUAUUGGUAGGCUUAUUGGUAGUAAUAUUGGACUGGUGGAGGAUGUGGACACUGAUGACGAUGGGAUUGGAUGA